GUCGGACGCGCCGGGCGAGUCCCUCGCGAGUUGUGUGUUUGUGUGACUAAUGGACUUUGAAUGUAGCGCAGAUAUAAGGCGAUGUGCAGGCUGUCCCCAAGAUGGACACCAUUGAGGACGUGCUGGUGUACAACGGGUCCAACGUGACCGUAGCGGAGCCGUCCUUUUCCGAGCCCGAUGGCCUCGACGUCAUCCUGCCGCUGAGCGUCACGUACAUCAUCAUCUUCGUCUCCGGGAUCCUCGGCAACAUCAGCAUCUGCUUCGUUAUCAGCCGCAUUCGGUCGAUGCAUACCGCGACCAACUUCUACCUCUUCAGCUUGGCCAUAUCGGACUUUUUGCUGCUCAUAUGCGGGCUGCCCCUGGAGUUGCACAGGCUUUGGAACCCGUUCUCCUACCCGCUCAGCGAGGCCUGCUGCAUAACAUUGGGAUUGAUAUCGGAGACGUCCGCCAACGCGACGGUCCUGACGAUCACGUCGUUCACCGUAGAGAGAUACAUCGCCAUAUGCCACCCGUUCAUGUCGCAUACCAUGUCGAAGCUGUCGCGAGCGGUGCGGUUCAUAAUAGCCAUCUGGAUUUGCGCGCUAUGUGCUGCGGUGCCCCAAGCGGUUCAGUUCGGCCUAGUGAGCUACAAGGACAACGAUCAGGUGAUCACUGCGUGCACGGUGAAAGGACAUGGCGUGCACCAAGUGUUCGUGAUAUCUAGUUUCAUAUUCUUCGUGGUGCCGAUGUCGCUGAUCACGGUGCUGUACGUGCUGAUAGGCAUUAAGCUGCGGACCUCAAAUGUGUUGCACCCAGUGAAAAAACUAUCCACAGAUAGUGACAAGCCGAACGGCAAAAUGCAGUACCGGAACGGAGUGUCCCAGCGGAGGGUUAUCAGAAUGUUGGUGGCAGUGGCGCUGUCGUUUUUCCUGUGUUGGGCGCCGUUCCACGUGCAGAGGCUAAUCGCCAUCUACGGCAAGAACUUAGAACAUCCCACAGAUACAUUUUACAAGGUGUACAUAGCGCUGACGUACCUGUCUGGUGUGCUGUACUUCCUGUCCACGGCCAUCAACCCCAUCCUCUACAACAUCAUGUCCAACAAGUUCAGAAACGCCUUCAGGAUGACGCUGUCCACGUGGUGCCACCACAAGGAGCCGUAUCUGGAGCGGACGUACAGCGCGCUUCUCGCGUCGCGAAGGCAGCGUGAAUCUCAGACAUGCGCGAGAACACGACACAGGAAGAUGCAGGCGCACCUCUUCAACGACUCCCAGACCUGCGACAACGCGCAGAAAUGUAAUUCAUGUGGCCUAUCCCACAAGGGGCAGAUGCCAGUCAAGGAGUGGGUGUGGGAGCGACGUGUGAUGGACUCCGACACGCUGUCCCCUCGCAGCAUCUCCAACUCCAGCCUCCACGAGGUGGACGAGGAGCUCAGCGGGGAGGAGCUGGCCACCUUCCUCUACCAGGUCAACUGCAACAUCACUGGCCUCACCUGAGACUACGUGUAAGGGCGGGAUUCGCGGCCUCUACGGAUUCGCGGCUUCAGCAGACGCUCGGCCUCAAAGGUUUCUCGGU